AUGGGACGCAUUACAAUUGAGUUAUUGCGUCGUCGUGCGGAGCACAACGAGGGGUGUCUAAGCAAUCUGAAGGAGAUUGCUCUCCACCAGCAAGACAUUGAGAAGAUCGAAGUGGUUGGAGACGCAUGCCGCGAGCUGGAGAUUCUGUAUCUAUGCAACAACUACAUUUCGCGGAUAGAGGGACUGCAACAUCUCAAGCGUCUGAAAUACCUAAAUCUGGCUGUGAACAAUAUCGCCUGUAUAGAGGGACUGGAGGGGUGCGAGUCGCUUGAACGGCUAGAUUUGACGCUGAACUUUGUUGCAGAAAUGACGUGUGUCCAACGGCUGCGGGCAAAUGUCUUUCUGGAUCAGCUUCAUCUUACUGGUAACCCCUGCACAAAGAUUGAGGGUUACCGCGCCUAUGUCAUCCAUGCACUCCCGCAGCUGCGGGACCUCGAUGGGGAGGAGGUGGUGCGCUCGGAGCGUAUCGAGGCACGCCAGUGCAAUAGCGAAGUGGCAGCGGUUGUAGACGAGGCGGCGCUGCGUGUCCGCGAGGCGGAGCGCAUCAAGGCGGAGAUGAUUGCGCAAGGCAUUGAUGUCUUUCCGCCGCGGUACAAUGAGAAGGGCGAGCGGGUUUACGGGCACACGCCGGAGGAGCGGCUGCAGAUGCUGCGCGAGAAGGAAGAAGAAGAGGCAGAACGAGAAAAAAAACUUCAAAAAGAACGGGAGACCGGUCACUUGGCAUCUGUGAGCGCUGAGGUAAAUAAACGGCCCCAGCGUCUCACUGCGGAAGAGGAGAUUGCAAAGUACGGCCGGUUGCUUCUCCGAAAUGAGCCUAAAUUUCCGAUGCGGCUGGAUCAAGAGAGUGACGAGACGGCGGUCAUUCUUACGGUGGACGUUCCAAAGUUUCUCUCCACCACUCUUAUAGAUGUGCAGAUUGAGGUGAAUUAUAUCCGUCUCUUGGUGAAGGAGAAACUCAUUCAGGUGCCGCUGCAGCGCGAGAUUUCUCCCUCUGCAGCGAGAGUGCAGCGGUCUGUGGUAACGGGGGCACUCAACAUAACGAUACCAUACGCUUCGCAUGUCUUGCAGGAGAUUGAGGAGGCAAAGAAGAGACGGCAGCGACUGCAUGGCACAUGGAACGAUGAUGAAUGCAGUGAACCCCUGGAAUGA